AUGAAAAUUACGAGCACAUCUUGCAUCUGUCCAGUCCUCGUGUGUCUCUGUUUUGUGCAGAGGUGUUAUGGAACUGCUCAACACAGCUCCAUCAAGGGGACCAGAAACCAAACCAAACACAUCGAAGGUGAAACCGAAGUCCACCACCGUCCCAAAAGAGGAUGGGUUUGGAAUCAGUUCUUUGUUUUAGAAGAACAUAUGGGACCAGAUCCACAAUAUGUUGGAAAACUGCACUCCAAUUCUGACAAAGGUGAUGGGUCUGUGAAGUACAUCCUUACUGGAGAAGGUGCUGGGACUAUAUUUAUCAUUGAUGAUACCACGGGUGACAUCCACUCAACAAAAAGUCUAGACAGAGAGCAGAAGACCCACUAUGUGCUUCAUGCUCAGGCUAUUGACAGACGAACAAACAAGCCCCUUGAACCUGAAUCUGAGUUUAUCAUCAAAGUGCAAGACAUCAAUGACAAUGCUCCAAAGUUCACAGAUGGACCAUAUAUUGUAACUGUGCCUGAAAUGUCAGAUAUGGGUACCUCUGUUCUACAGGUGACAGCCACUGAUGCAGAUGACCCUACCUAUGGAAACAGUGCUCGGGUGGUUUACAGCAUUCUCCAGGGACAGCCCUACUUCUCUGUAGACCCUAAAACAGGAGUUAUUAGAACUGCCUUACAUAAUAUGGACAGAGAAGCCAGAGAACAUUACUCAGUGGUCAUUCAAGCCAAAGACAUGGCUGGGCAAGUUGGAGGGCUGUCGGGAUCCACCACGGUCAACAUCACCCUGACAGAUGUCAAUGACAACCCCCCACGGUUUCCUCAAAAGCACUAUCAGCUGUAUGUUCCUGAGUCAGCCCAAGUUGGUUCAGCUGUUGGGAAAAUCAAGGCGAAUGAUGCAGACACUGGUUCAAAUGCAGACAUGACAUACUCCAUCAUUAAUGGUGAUGGUGUUGGGAUAUUCUCUAUCUCCACUGACAAAGAGACCAGAGAAGGGAUCCUUUCCUUAAAGAAGCCACUGAACUAUGAGAAAAAGAAGUCAUAUACCCUCAACAUAGAAGGAGCCAAUACACAUCUUGAUUUUCGCUUUUCUCACUUGGGUCCUUUUAAAGAUGCUACCAUGCUGAAGAUCAUUGUUGGGGAUGUAGAUGAACCACCACUAUUUUCCAUGCCUUCCUAUGUCAUGGAAGUCUAUGAAAAUGCCAAGAUUGGGACUGUUGUUGGCACAGUUUUGGCACAAGAUCCCGACAGUGCUAACAGCUUAGUAAGAUACUUCAUCGACUACAAUGCUGAAAAUGACAGGUUUUUCAACAUUGAUGCCAACACUGGGACCAUUAAGACUACCAAGGUUCUUGAUAGAGAAGAAACUCCAUGGUACAACAUCACAGUUGCUGCUUCAGAAAAUGACAAUCCGAGUUUGCUGAGCCAUGUCACAGUGGUUAUUAGAGUUCUGGAUGUCAAUGACAAUCCACCCGAACUUGCCAGGGAAUAUGAUAUUGUUGUCUGUGAAAAUUCUAAGCCUGGCCAGGUUAUUCAUACCAUCAGUGCCACUGAUAAGGAUGAUUUUGCCAAUGGACAAAGGUUUAACUUCUUUCUUGAUGAGCAUCUGUCUAUAAACCCAAACUUCACUCUGAAGGACAAUGAAGAUAACACAGCCAGCAUUCUGACAAGGCGGAGGAGAUUUAGUCGAACUAUUCAGGAUGUGUAUUACCUCCCCAUUAUGAUCUCUGACGGUGGAAUCCCCUCUCUCAGCAGCAGCAGUACCCUCACCAUCAGGGUUUGUGCGUGCGAGAGAGACGGGCGCGUGCGGACCUGCCGUGCAGAAGCCCUCCUGUCCUCGGCUGGCUUGAGUACAGGAGCCUUAAUCGCUAUUCUACUGUGUGUUGUCAUUCUCCUAGCAAUUGUAGUACUUUUCAUCACCCUGAGACGCAGCAAAAAAGAGCCCCUGAUCAUUUCAGAGGAGGACGUGCGGGAGAACGUGGUCACCUAUGAUGACGAGGGGGGCGGCGAGGAAGACACCGAGGCCUUUGACAUCACAGCCUUGAGGAAUCCGUCUGCUGCCGAGGAGCUCAAGCACCGGAGAGAUAUCAGACCGGAAAUGAAACUCACCCCCAGGCACCAGACGUUUUCCACCCUGGAAAGUAUAGAUGUUCAGGAGUUUAUUAAGCAAAGACUGGCUGAAGCCGACCUAGACCCCAGUGUCCCGCCUUAUGACUCUCUGCAGACUUACGCCUAUGAGGGUCAGAGAUCAGAAGCUGGGUCCAUCAGCUCGCUGGAUUCAGCAACCACACAAUCAGACCAGGAUUAUCAGUACCUUGGAGACUGGGGACCCGAGUUUAAAAAGUUAGCUGAACUCUAUGGAGAAAUAGAAUCUGAAAGAACAACUUAG